CAGGCGUCAUAGCACAGCAGUAAUUGUUUUUGGAAUCCCAUACCUUUUGCCCUUUGGCUUUUAACGUGCGUUCCCAUAUUUCCUACAGUCUGUGAAGGCAGCAGCAGGAGCUCAUCUGUUGGACAGGGAAACUAAUCAGCGGAGCCAAGUUAAGACUUUUCAGUACUGCUAGCGAUCAGGCUAGCGAGCAUUGCAAGUCAUCCGUCCAGAGUGCUGAGGAACGCAGGCAUUUUUCAGAAGUACACAGCCUUUGCCAUUCUCAGGAUAAGAGCUAUGUUUUAGAAAGUUUUCCUACGCUAAAAGUACCAGGGCGGACUGCCUCUGGCCAGCUGAAGCUUGCAGCUAGCUCAUUAACGUUAGCUGGGAAAGAAGUGCAAGUGGAGGCAAGAAAAUGGAGCUGGACGAAGUAGUCCUGUAUCAGGACGACUCGGGCAACUCCGCUAUGAUGUCCGAGCGGGUCUCAGGUCUAGCCAGUUCAAUAUACCGCGAGUUUGAACGGCUUAUCGAGAAAUAUGACGAGGACGUAGUUAAAGAGCUGAUGCCCCUGGUCGUCGCCGUGCUGGAGAACUUGGACUCGGUGUUUGCUGUCAACCAGGAGCACGAAGUGGAGCUGGAGCUGCUCAAGGAAGACAACGAGCAACUGGUUACCCAGUACGAGCGAGAAAAGGCACUCAGAAAACACGCAGAAGAAAGGUACAUCGUCUUUGAGGACUCCCAAGAGGGUGAGAAGAAGGACCUGCAGGGUCGACUGGUGACAUUGGAGUCACACACACGUCAGCUAGAGCUAAAGACGAAAAACUAUGCAGAUCAGAUCAGUAGAUUCGAGGAGAGGGAGGCAGAGCUCAAGAAGGAGUAUAAUGCACUUCAUCAGAGACACACUGAGAUGAUACACAGCUACAUGGAGCACCUGGAGCGGACUAAACACCAGCAUGCAGCAACGAUAGCAGAGCCGGCAGAUACAGGCACAAGCUCAUCAGCCAGAACACGGAAGGAGCGUCCCAUCUCCAUGGGCAUAUUCCAACUUCCUGGAACUGAUGGCAUGACCCCUGACCCUCAGAGAGAACCUGUGGAGACUCCCUCUGAGCCAUGGAGAUUCAAUAACCUCAGUCAUCCCCGGUCCAACACAAGCCUCAAGGAUGAACUUUCCGGUGCAAACCGUGGAGGCUCCAAGUCCAGCACAACAAUCAGCCAAGGAGGCAACUCAAAAAGUGGUGGACCCAAAUCCAACACCUCUAUGUCUUCUCAGAGCGGUACCUCAAACACCCCUACUUCCACAUAUAGCGGUAAUUCUCAGUCCACCACACCAAACAACGAAGCAUCAGUCAGCGUGAGUCCCAGGUCCAGUCUAUCUGGUGGUACCUCAGAUGUCACCAUGGAGUCUGCAGCCUCAGACCUUCAGAAACAAGAAGCUUCAGACAGGCUCAAUAGCAACCUCGACUCAAAGAGCGGAAAGCCAGACAGCAAUAAGAACAUCGCAGCCGUACAGGAAGGACAACAGGGUCAGGACUCAUCUGUGUCGCUCAAUGAUGACGAAAACCUGGAGAAGUCUGAAGUGCAGGCCAUCAUAGAGUCGACCCCCGAGCUGGACAUGGAACUGGAUGGCUGCAGAGGAACAAGCACACCGACUAAAGGUGGCAUCGAGAACCUGGCAUUCAACCGCAACACCGACUCUUUGUUUGAGGAACUGUCGUCUGCAGGAAAUGACCUCAUAGGAGAUGUGGAUGAAGGUGCCGACCUGCUGGAUGAGUUUUCUGACUACAACUUCUUAGGUAUGGGUCGGGAAGUUGAACAUCUUAUCCAGGAGAAUGCUCAGCUGCUGGAGACCAAAAAUGCUUUGAAUGUGGUGAAAAAUGACCUGAUCGCCCAAUUGGAUGAGCUGAACUGUGAGAAGGAGGUUCUGCAGGGAGAGCUGAAUGCCAUCAGUCAGGCCAAGACCAAACUGGAGGAGAAGAACAAAGAACUAGAAGAAGAACUCAAGAAGCUUCGAACAGAGAAGGAGGAAUCCAAACAGAAGACCAAGAAUGAAAAUGAAGAUGAUAGUGAUGUACCCACAGCGCAGAGGAAGCGCUUCACCAGGGUGGAGAUGGCCAGAGUCCUGAUGGAGAGGAACCAGUACAAGGAGAGACUGAUGGAGCUGCAGGAGGCUGUGAGAUGGACAGAAAUGAUCCGGGCUUCAAAGGAGAACCCAACUCUUCCAGAGAAGAAGAAAUCCAGCCUCUGGCAGUUUUUCAGCCGUUUGUUCAGCUCAUCGGGCGGGGCAGCCAAGAAGCCGGCGGUGGAGGCCCCAGUGAAUGUCAAAUACAACGCCCCCACCUCUCAGAUUCAGCCGUCCGUCAAGAAGAAGAGCAGCACACUGCAGCAGCUGCCCAGUGACAAGAGCAAAGCCUUCGAUUUCCUCAAUGAGGAAGUGGCGGCUGAUAAUGUUGUGUCCAGACGAGAACAGAAGAGGGCUCAAUACCAGCAGGUCAAAGCUCAUGUCCAGAAAGAGGACGGCAGAGUUCAGGCUUAUGGUUGGAGUCUACCCAAGAAGUACAAAGCCAAUGGUGGUCAAGCAGAGAGUAAGAUGAAGAAUUUACCUGUUCCCGUCUUCCUCCGACCACUGGAUGAAAAAGAUGCUUCUAUGAAGCUAUGGUGUGCUGCUGGUGUAAACCUGUCCGGAGGUAAAACUAGAGAUGGAGGCUCCAUCGUAGGAGCCAGUGUGUUUUACAGCGAUGUGCCUGGACCAGAGAGUCCUAAAAAGAAAAUUGGAUCUCAGAGCAGCCUGGACAAACUGGAUCAGGAGCUGAAGGAUCAACAGAAGGAAAUGCGACAGCAGGACGAGCUGUCGUCUCUAGUGUGGAUCUGUACCAGCACUCAGUCCACUACGAAAGCUGUUGUCAUCGACGCCAACCAGCCUGGAAACAUCCUGGAGAGCUUCUUUGUGUGUAACUCGCAUGUCCUCUGCAUUGCUAGUGUACCAGGUGCAAGAGAGACAGACUACCCAGCUGGGGAGGAAGUUUCUUUGAACCCAGAAGCGGGACCAGCAGGGGAUGACAGCUCAUCAGUGGCCAAUAGCAGCUCAGCAGGUGGGGACGAUGUGCUCGGAGGCAUCACUGUGGUGGGCUGCACAGUGGAAGGAUCAACAGCUGUUCCAGUGAAGGUGGACAGAGAAGCAGACUCCAAGCAUGCAGAGGAGGCUACAGAGGCAACAGAGACCAGCGCUGGACUUGCAGACCAAAGAGAAGCUCUGAGGGGCGUCUACACGGAGCAUGUUUUUACUGAUCCACUGGGAGCCCAGCAGACUGCAGAGACUCCUGCCAACUACUCCCAGAGGGAGAGCGAUCUGCUGAAAGAUGGUGUGAGUUCAAACCCCAACGCAGAGGAACAGGACCUGAUGAGAGAAGAGGCUCAGAAGAUGAGCAGUGUUCAGCCCACCAUGUGGCUCGGAGCUCAGAAUGGAUGUGUGUACGUGCACUCAUCUGUGGCUCAGUGGAAGAAGUGUCUUCAUUCUAUAAAGCUGAAGGACUCUGUGCUUGGCAUAGUACAUGUGAAAGGCCGUGUGCUAGUUGGACUUUCUGAUGGAACUUUAGCCAUUUUCCACAGAGGAGUAGAUGGACAGUGGGACUUGACCAACUACCACCUGUUGGACCUCGGCCGACCGCACCAUUCAAUCCGCUGUAUGACUGUAGUCCAUGACAAAGUGUGGUGUGGCUAUAGGAACAAGAUAUAUGUGGUGCAGCCCAAAGCCAUGAAGAUAGAGAAGUCGUUUGAUGCCCACCCUCGUAAGGACAGUCAAGUACGUCAGCUGGCCUGGGACGGGGACGGCAUCUGGGUGUCCAUCAGGCUCGACUCCACUCUCAGGCUGUUCCACGCUCACACUUUCCAGCAUCUGCAGGACGUCGACAUCGAACCUUACGUCAGCAAGAUGCUGGGUACUGGGAAGCUGGGGUUCUCCUUUGUGAGAAUCACUGCUCUCAUGGUGUCAUGUAACCGGCUCUGGAUCGGCACAGGCAACGGAGUCAUCAUCUCCAUCCCUCUGACAGAUACAGCCAGCAAGCCAACCAAAGGAACAGGAAACCAGCCAGGAAGUGUAGUUCGAGUCUACGGUGAUGAGACCAGUGACAAAGUGACGGCAGGGACGUUUGUUCCAUAUUGCUCCAUGGCUCAUGCUCAGCUCUGUUUCCAUGGUCACCGGGAUGCUGUAAAGUUCUUCACUGCUGUCCCAGGUCACGCAGUUCCAUCUGCGUCCUGUGGAGGAGAGGCAGCAGGCGACAAGGCGACAGAUGCCGCAUCUCAGGAAGGAACCAAGUCUAUACUGGUAAUGAGUGGAGGAGAAGGAUACAUAGACUUCAGGAUGGGUGAUGAGGAGGGCGAGAUUGAGGAAGGUGAGGAGCCCACGAUGAAGCUCCAGCCCUUCCUGGCUAAAGCCGAACGCAGCCACCUCAUCGUCUGGCAGAUCCUGGGCAACGGGGACUGAGCUCUUCCUCAACGAUGCCGGGUUUGCCUUCCUCUUAGUCUCACUGCGAUGGAGACAAACAGUCCUCUUUAAGAAGGCUCGAGUUAAAGAUCUGCACUUUUAUUCUUCCUCAGUCCUGAACAAUAAGAAUGAAACAAGCAACGACUGCGCUAAAGAGUCUGUCAGCGCCAAAUCUAACAAAGCAGUGCAAGCAGAUUCACACAACUGCAUGUUUAUUGUUUGAAAAUUACUUGUGUUCUUUUGUUGUUGUUUUUUUUUUUUUUGCCAUUUUUGUUGGAUGAAUUUGCAUUGCAGUCUGUUACAAUGCCUAUUGCUCUUAUAAUAUUAUUUGAGGUAAAGCUGCUACUGAAAAUAGAAGCUUUACUUUCUUGUUUGUUAUUUUGCUCUGAAAAUAUUCAGUUGUCUACAUGUUUCCCCUUGUUCAACCAUUCCAGGUACUCUGUGUUGAUGCAGUACUUGGUGGAUAAUCAGUAGGAAAAUGGUCUAUUGUGUUCCAGUUUCCUCCUAUAAUAAGGUCAUAUUGCGUUUGGGAGGAGGGAAUCUGCAUAAACCCUGGUCCUGUUUGAGGUUGAUUUUUGUUUUUGUAACUGACUUUGAUUAUAUGCAAGACGAGAAAUAUAAUCAAUCUCCAGCUGUUUCUGGUUCCUUGAAAUCAAAUGCAAUACAUCAGUAAUGAAGUUAAACCAUAAUGAAUAGAUGUAAUGAAAUAUACAGAACCUUUAAGUUUGCUGUGGUUGCAAUGCUGAAGGAACUGUAUUUAAUCCAAUAUUGUAUGAGGAUUUUGUCUUCCCUCUGCUUUUAGUCAGCCCACCAGUAGACUCUUAAUCAAUACUGACAGCUGCCUUAGGUAUCAAAGUUUGAAAGGACUCAACUAAAGGCGUUUCAAGUGUGACAAAGUAUUUAUUUUUUUUGAUCGAAUGUUACGUUUGAUACCAAAGGAAAAAAAAAAAAGAAUAAAAAAGAGAAAUUGUUCACCACAUGCUGAAACAACAAUCUGAAGUGCAACACGGCACCUUGUGAGCAGCAUGUCUGUGUCCAUGUAGAUACCAUGCACGUUUUUGUAUCCUGCUAGAUAGACUGGAUAUAUUUUUAGAUUUUCAUAUUUGGAAAUUGAUGUAAAAUAGUUUUGGGGUGUGAAUGCAGAGAAUGUUACUAUGAGAGGAUAAAGCAGCCACUUUGAGGAUUACAUAACCUCCAUAUAAUCAUUACUUCGGGGUCAAAAGUCUUUUGCGUUAGCAUUUCUUUCCCCUAUUUUGUACUUUUUUUUUUCUUUUUAAACUGUUUCCCCUCCAAAUUGUCAGGUUUUUCAAAAUGUAAUGUUUAAGUCUAUUUUUAUGAACUUUUUCAGCUGUCAAAUGGCAGCCAUUCUCCAUCAGCUACACAAUAUAUUCAGUCAGAUGUAAUGUGAGACAUGCUCUGUACCAGUCCACUGCACUGGUAUGUGUUUUUGUUACUUGUCCUCUUUGUAUUGAACAGUAUCAGACUAAGAUUUUCUCAUGAGAGAACGUGUGUGAGUCUCUUCUCUCCAGGAGAGGAGGGUAAUGUUAUCACAUUUUAGCCAUUUCAGUAUUUAUUUCAAUGAUUGAGCCUUUGCAAUUCAGAAUGUAUCUUUGUACAUUGAAUAUGAGUAUAUAUAUGAUUAUAUAUGUAUGAAACCUGAAAA